AUGGUGAAAUUGGACGUCAGCUCAACGGUCAAGCUGCCAUCUGGUCACGAGAUACCCAUGCUCGGUUUCGGCGUGUAUCAAACUCCCGCAGAUGUAGCCGAAGAUGUCACAGACCAUGCGAUCAAGAAUGGGUACCGCCAUGUGGACAGUGCUACGGCCUACAGAAACGAGGAACCGUCGGCGAAGGGCAUGCUCAAGUCUGGCAUACCUCGCGAACAACUGUUCUUCACGUCGAAGGUCCCUCCCAAGUCCAUAAAUUACAAGGAUGCUAAAGCCUGCGUCGACGAGUCAUUGAAGAAGACAGGCCUCGACUAUUUUGAUCUCUAUCUGCUCCAUGCCCCAUAUGGUAGCAAGGAAGGCAGAUUGGGCGCGUGGAAAGCUCUAGUCGAAGCCGUCGAAGAGGGCAAGGUCAGAAGCAUCGGUGUUUCCAAUUAUGGCGUGCACCAUCUCGAUGAACUGGAGCAAUGGCAGAAGCAUGCUAUCAUGCUGACCGAUAGACAGGCGAAUCCAGACAAAGCUGGUGUGUUGAGCGUCAAUCAGAUCGAACUGCAUCCGUGGCUCGCUCGGAAAGAUAUCGUGGAUUGGUGCGAGAAGCGCGGCGUCGUGCUUGAGGCCUAUUCACCACUUGUCAGAGCGACCAGAUUCGAUGAUCCACUGCUAAAGCCACUUGUCGCAAAGCACAACAAGACACCGAGCCAGAUAUUGCUUCGUUGGGGCUUGCAGAAAGGCUUCGUGAUACUGCCAAAGAGCGUCACGCACAAGCGCAUCGAGGAGAACAGAGACCUGUAUGACUUUGAUCUUUCGAAGGAUGAUAUGGCCGCUCUACACACGGACAAGUAUGAGCCUUGCGCCUGGGACCCGACCAAAGCGCCACUCAGUUCGUGA